AUGGCAACGGACGGAGCCGAGAACAGGCAGUUCAGCCUCCAGGUUGACAUGCAGUGCCGGUGCAUGGGGUGCGUUAGCAAGGUCGAGAAAGCCAUGGCCUCCAUCGGGAGCUUCAAAGGAGUCGAGAGAUCGGUGGGAGAUGUCGACACUGGGGUUGUUGCUGUGGCAGGGAAGGUGAAUCCGGCGGAGCUUCGCCAGUGGCUGAAGAGGAAGACAAUGAAGGAUGCCAAGAUCGUUUGCCCUGAUCCACCAGUUGAGAAUCGUAAUCAGAAAAUGAUAUUGGUUCUGGGAAGCAGUUCAAGAAUGGGGCACACUGCACCUUCAGCUCCACCAUCACCAGAUAACGUGUCCUGUGCUCUAGCACCAUCAGGAGUUUGGUCUGACCAUGAGGAUGUGCAUCUGAUUGAAGAGAAGAUCAGGGAUCUCGAGAAGGUCAGGGAUACGCUGAAAAUCAAGAACCUGAAGAACGAGCUGACUGUGGCCAAGUAUGAGCUCAGACAGUCCAGGGAAGUGAUCAGCAGUAGCAAGAAGACUCUGCUAGAUAGUGCUUUGAGUCAGCUCAAAGCGUACGAGAAACUUGAAUCACUCGGUUGCUCGCUAUUUGACUGA